AUGUUAGCUCUUCAAGAUUUACCAUUUAAUUUUGUUGAAGGAAUUGGCUUUAGACGGUUGAUUCAUGCUAUUCAGCCAAAAUAUAAUUUAAGAGGACAUCAAAGUUACACAUCUCAUUUGUGUAAUUAUGUUUAUCCUAAAUUAAAGAACAAGGUAAAAAACUUAAUUGAAGAUGUGCAAUACUUAUAUUUCACCACUGAUAUAUGGACUGAACCAGGAGCAGGAGUUUCGUUGCUGAGUUUUACAAUUCAUGGUAUCAACAAUGACUUUCAAAGAGUAUCUUUAUUUCUUAAAUGUGUCCCACUCGAGGAACGACAUACGGGCGAUGUGAUAGCACAAAAGUUGGACGAAAUACGAGAGGAAUGGGAGAUUCCCCGUCAAAAAAUACAUAUCAUGGUUCGCGAUGGUGGUUCUAACAUGAAAAGAGCGGCCCGCGUGUCACAGAUUAACGACAUUGAUUGCAAUAUACAUCAAUUGCAAUUGUGCAUACGUGCGGCCUUGGCGAUUGAUGAACAUAUUUCGUCCUUUUUGGCAAAAUGUAAGCAAAUCGCAACACAUUUUAACCACUCAAUAAUUGACAAAAGCGAGGAAUUAAAAGGUUUUCAAGAACGUCUGGGUCUGCCUCUGCUUUCAGUUAUUCAAGAGUGUCCUACAAGAUGGAAUAGUAUGUUUAAUAUGAUUCAACGUCUAAUUGAAAUAAAGGAUGCCAUAGUACUUUAUACCUCACAACAUACAAAUUUGCCGCAGUUUACUCCAAACGAUUGGCUACAACUUGAGAGCUGUGCAACAAUCCUUAAGCCACUUGAAGAGGCCACCAAUACCAUGUGUAGUUCCGCUGCCUGUAUUUCAUCCGUGAUCCCUCUAAUCCAUGUCUUGACCUGCACAUUACAGAAUCUAUUCAGACAGAAUAUAAAUACUACUGACCAAACUUGCGGGAAUAUUAUUCAAAAAUUGAUAGAAGAAAUUACCAAUCGCUUUGGUGAACUUCAUAAUAAUAAGAUCUACACAAUCGCUACUUAUUUAGAUCCAAAAUAUAAAACUAAGUUUUUUAAUGAAAUCACUAAAGAAAGCAUUGAGUCUGAACUGAUUUCUUUAUGUCAAGAUCAAGAAGGCCAUGGCGCACAAGCACAACCACAAAUACAGUCAUUCGAACAUGAUGUUAUUCAACACAAUCAACACUUUCAUCAUACCGAUACCGAGAGCCUACAAUCAACGAGUUCUGGAGCUAACUUUUCUACAGGCAGAUUUUUACAAUCAAUGUUAUCUGAGAUGCUGGCUUCAGCUCCUAAUAGUGACGAUGAAGAAAGUCCAAUCGCACCCUUCGACAGAUUUCUUUUCCUGAAGUCACUAAUAAUUAAUUAUAUUAAAGAGAAGAGAAUAGGUCUUCAAGAAGACAGUCUUUUGUGGUGGAAAAUGAACUCCAAAUAUUUUGAACUUUACGGAGAUGUGCGCCAGUAUCUUUCAGCCCCUCCAUCAAGAGUCCCCAGUGAGCGCCUUUUCAGUGGCACUGGAUUAGUUUAUGACGAAUUACGAAACCGUCUAUUUGGAGAAACGGCUUCAAAGUUAAUUUUCGUUAAAUUCAACCUCCCUAUUGUGAAUUUUGACUAUUAA